ACAGAGCGGACGUGUGCGCGGUUCGAGAUUUUGUAAUUGCUUGUAAAUAUUAUUUUUGCCGAUAAAGGGAAGUCAAUUAAAAAAUAAUUAAGAAAUGUGCCAUUAGAAAAAUAAAAAAAUGGUAAACACAAAUGUAUUUAUUUUAAGAAAUAAUACAAGUGCAUUAUAAAUCAUAAAAUACAAAGUGCAGAGAAAGAAACGGUUGUUCUCUUAUACCGGACGCGUAACGGUUUUUGUACUUACAAACGGAUUAAGUAAGGAGACUAAAGGAAAGUGAUCAAAACAAAUCUCAUAUGCAACAGUAAAUCUGGAAAUAAAAACGCUACAACAUGUUCGAAUUGGAGGAUUAUUCAAGCAGUAUACACGAGGGUUUCUUCAGCAAAUAUGCGGAAGCGGCGGGGCCUUCGCUGGACUUUUAUGUGUCCGACUCCAUGCAGGAUAUGUUGGAUGUGGACAUAAGGGCAGAGAUUGCGAACGUUGUGGGCAGCUCAAGUGACUUGACCUCCUCGCUCGAUCACGCACUGGAAGCCAUUUCGGCUAUAAACAAUAGUAACAACAACAGCAGCAAUAUAUCAUCGUCGACACACAAUGCAAAUGCAAAUCUGCUGGCCAGCAGCGCGCUGCACGCCUCUCCCACAGCCAAAUGGAUGGGCUCUUGCGCCAAUUUCUGGUCCACAGCCGAUUAUUAUGCGGAUGUUGGGGCAUGUGUCAAUCCCAUUUCCGUGAUGCCGCUAAUCAACUCAAACUCCGGCUCGAAUUCAUUGCUUGGCUCUGGAUCGCCCCAAAAGUCGCGUGGGGCGCAGUCGACGCAGAGCAGAGCGGGAUCUGCGGCUGGACAGGCCCCGCCCGCCUCCCCAUGCGAUCAGCACAAAUCGCAUUUGACCUUCUCGCCAGCACAGAUGAAAGUGAGCGCCGGUUCAAUGCGCAGAGAGCAGGUAAUGGCUCACAUACCCAAGCAAAUUUCGGCUCUGCCAAUUUCGUCGUCGGCUGCAACGGGCGGUGGUACCACUGCGCCGGCUACAAUGGCAACCAAUUCUGCACUGCAGCGUCGCAAUUCGUCGGCAGUGGACGCUGUGCGUAAGGAUCUGGGCACUGAGCUGCGCAAGGUGCAGUCCGGCUUGGAAGAGACAAAAGCCACUGCCAAAAACACAAGCCUGCUGACGGCUGGUGGCGCUACCAACACCAUUAAGCUGGGUCCCGGAAUUGGUGGUCUGACCUUUGCCAACAGCGCCACAUACAACAAGCUAAAGCAACAAACGUCGGCAAAGUCCCCCAACGGCGCACCGCUCACCUCCAAUGGCAACAUCGUGCUCAAGCGGGAUCGUGAAGCGAGUCCGUUGCAUAACAUUACGACGCUGCACGCGGGCGGCGUUCAGAAACGGGGCAAUGCGCCAAAAAGCAUUGCAUCGGCGGCCCACUCGCCGCAUCAUCAGAUGCAUGUGCAGAGCAGCAUUGGGUCGCCCUCGUCCAGUUGCUCCUCUACCACUGGCCGUCCCACAACUUCUUCCUCGCCGUUGUCCUUUGCGGCGCUGAGCAAUAACAGCUUCAACAGCAACAAUAACAACAACAAUACCAACAACAAUACCAACAGUAACAAUGUUAAGCUCCCGCAGCAGAAGGUGAAGCUGCCGGCGGCCAUGAGCAGCGCAUUUCCGAAGCCCGCUUACUCCUACUCCUGCCUUAUUGCGCUGGCGCUCAAGAAUUCGCGUGCAGGCUCAUUGCCCGUAUCGGAAAUCUAUAGUUUCUUGUGCCAGCACUUUCCUUAUUUUGAGAAUGCUCCUAGCGGCUGGAAGAACAGCGUGCGCCACAAUUUGUCGCUGAAUAAGUGCUUCGAAAAGAUUGAGCGGCCGGCAACGAACGGAAAUCAACGCAAGGGAUGCCGCUGGGCCAUGAAUCCAGAACGUAUCUGUAAGAUGGAUGAGGAGGUGCAAAAGUGGUCGCGCAAGGAUCCAGGCGCAAUACGCGGCGCCAUGGUCUAUCCCGAGCAUUUGGAGGCCUUGGAGCGUGGCGAAAUGAAGCAUGGAUCGGCCGAUUCUGAUGUGGAGUUGGAUUCGCAAUCUGAGAUUGAGGAAUCUUCUGAUUUGGAGGAGCACGACUUUGAUGACACUAUGAUCGAUGCGAUGCUCGUCGAAGAAGAGGACAAUGAUAAUGUUGACUGGACGAACAGCGAUGAUGAAGAUAAUGUUCAGGAGGAUCACGUACGUCAUGAGUAUGAGCCAAGCAACCAAUCUGCCAAUCACCUGCCAACUGAUCAUCAGCUGCUGGUCGCGCAGAAGAGCGCCGAAUUCGACAUUGAGGUUAACGAGCUGUACGAUGCCAUCGACAUUGAGGAUGACAAGCAGGCAGUGCGUCACGCUAUUGCCCACGGUCAAACAGCGAGCAUUAUUGAGCUAAACCCAGCCGAUCUGAAUGCGAAUGAUGGCUAUCGGUCGCCCAAGCGCGCACGGCUUGACAUUAACUAUGCCAUCGGUCCUGCCGGUGAGCUCGAGCAGAAAUAUGGACAGAAGGUUAAGGUACAGCAGGUGCACCAAGUGAUGCAGCAGCAGCCGCCCACGUACAAUCGUCGAAAGAUGCCUCUGGUUAAUCGCAUCAUAUAAGGGAACAGCCACCCUUUUAUACAUACAUAUAUAUUAUACACACUAAGUGUUAGGUUUACGUUUAAGGCUCACCCAUCAGCUACGCUUAAAACUUUAAUCCUAAGUUGAUUUUUGUGUGUGCACUGUGCAGUUUCGCUCUAUAUAAACACACCCGAGUUUAAGUACGUGUGUAUAUAGCUCGAUCCUAUUGAUUAAAAUAGGUUUGUUAUUCAAUUUGGCCGCGCGCUUUGUAGUCGCUAAUAGCAAUUGUGUCGCAAUGCAUUAUUUCCAUGUAUAUUGAAAGGGGUCUUUCAAAUAAAUGUCUAUGUUUCAAGCAUUAA